AUGUCAGUUAUUGGUGGCUCGUUGGCCGAUCGUGCUGGUCUUCUGAACGGUGACUCGUUGGUUGAGCUUGAAGGACACGAGAAUCUUGAUUUGACGCUUGCACGUCAACUGCUAUCGAAAGCUCAACAUAAAAUUGAACUUGUUGUGCACAGGCUUGUUCUUCAGUGCAUUCAAGCCGGUGGUGAGGUACACCGAAUCUGGAAGCCUUCGAUAACCGAGAAUACGGAGUUCAGUCGUUUUCAGCACACUUCACAUGAACAGCACUCGAAUGAACAAAACAGUCAAACUUAUGCUGCUCGACAGACAGCAACAGCACCCACAAAAACACCAACGAACGUACCGCUCAAAGUAUCACUCGAACAUCAAAAUCAAGCUUCGAUGAAUAUUCCGGGCUUUAAUGUUGCUGCACAACCGUACGGCUCCAGCCAAGAGGUGAAACAUCUUCAGUAUAAUUCACCAAUGCCACUUUAUUCACCACAGUCAGCUGCUGAGCAAUACCUGCAACAAACCGGUGGUCUUUUCGGUACCGAGUAA